AUGGAGGAUAGUAUAAUGGAUGAUGGUGGACUUGAGGGAUGCAUCGAAGAAAUGGGAGAGUUGGCCAAGGAUAAAUCACCAUAUCUUGGUAUGGAGUUUCCAUCAGAAGAAGCUGCAUAUGAGUUUAUAAUGAAUACGGAAGAAUUGUGGGGUUUAGUAUUAGAAGAGAUUAUUGAGGGAGAUAGGGAAAAAGAUAAACGGUACACGAUGAUAAAAAAUCCUCGAAGUGAGACAAGAACAAAUUGUAAAGCAUUUAUGCAUAUAUCUUUUAAGCGGGACUUGUCGAAGUGGAUUGUGUCGAAGUUUGAUAGCAACCACAACCACCCUUUGCAUCUUCCUCAAUGUACUCAUUUGAUGCCAUCUCAGAGAAAGGUAUAUGAUGCUCAGGGUAUAAAUAUUGACAUAGCUGAUGAGAGUGGAAUAUCUCUUAAGGCUUCACAUGAUCUUAUUAGUGCUAUAGCAGGAGGGAAGGAAUUUGUAGGGUUCACGCGAGAGGAUCAGAAAACCUACUUACGUGCAAAAAGACAGCGAAACUUGCAGUAUGGCGAAGCGGGGAGUUUGUUAAGAUAUUUCCAGCAGCAAGUGGCAGAAAAUCCAUAUUUUUACUAUGCCAUUAAGUUGGAUGUAGAUGAGAUGAUUACUAAUAUUUUUUGGGCUGAUCAUCAGAUGAUAACAGAUUAUGGCCUUUUCGGUGAUGCGGUGUCAUUUGACACAACUUUUCGAACAAAUAAGGAGUACCGUCCACUUGCUUUAUUUUGUGGCUUUAACCACUUUAGAAUGACAGUGAUUUUUGGUGCAGCAUUAUUAUAUGAUGAAACUGCAGAGUCAUUUGAAUGGUUAUUUGAAACAUUUUUGGAUGCAAUGUCAGGAAAAAAACCUGUUAGUUUUUUCACAGAUCAAGAUCAAGCAAUGGCUAAGGCAAUUUCACAAAUCAUGCCUGAGGUUUUUCAUGGGUUGUGCACUUUUCACCUAAUGCAAAAUGCUUUGAAGCAUUUAGGUUACUUGUUCAAGAGUGGUUCAAAAUUUAGUAGCGAUUUAAAAGCUUGCAUUUAUGACUACGAGAAUGAGCAUGAAUUAAUUGAAACUUGGAAUUCUUUAAUUGAUAAAUACAAUUUGCAAGAGAAUGAGUGGAUGAAAAGAACUUGGAGAAAAAGAGAGCAGUGGGCGCAUGUGUAUAUGAAGUGGGUAUUUACUGGAGGAAUGCGAAGCACACAACUUAGUGAAAGUCUAAAUGGAACAUUAAGGGGAUAUUUGAAGGGUGAUCAUAACAUUGUUCAAUUCUUUACUCACUUCAAUCGGAUAGUUGUAGAUGAGCGGUAUGAGGAAAUUUCCACAAUAUAUGAUUCUAGACAAAAGUUGCAAAUAAUGAAAUUGAAAAAGUCUCCCAUUUUAAUCCAAGUUGCGAGUUUGUACACCCCUCCUAUCUUUGAUUUAUUUGAUUGUGAGUUGGAUACGUCCCUUUGUUGUCAAGUGAAGCAAUUCCAUGAGUUAAAAGGAGAAAUUAAGUGCGUGAUUGGCUUGUAUGGUAAUGGUAAAGAGUAUAUUGUGGAGGGUAGGGUGGAAGUUAUUGGGCUAAGAGGAGAAAAAAGCUGUCGAGAAAUACAUUGUACUUGCCAAUGGAGAUUGGAUGCAAAAGAUUGUGAAGUUGAAAAGAAAAAUGUCAUAGUGGAUGAGAAUGAUCCAAAGUUGUUCAUAUUAGCACGUUAUAGAGAUCUUUGUCCAAGAAUGGUGAAACUAGCAACUCAAGCAUCUAUGCACAAACCUGCCUAUCAAUUGGUUGAUGAAGGAAUUAAGGAAUUGUGUGUAAAAGUAAAUAAUAUGAUGAAGGGAGUUGGAAGUUUUGGUACCAAUGAAUUAGAUGUGGACGACCCCAACAUUACACAAGUUAAGGGCAUAAAGAAGAAAGAUGUUGGACACAAAGAGAUGAGUAGAUUAAAACCUUGGUGUAAGAUGAUGAAUAAGAAGACAAAAGUUAUUUAUUUCACAACCUACCCGCCUUAG